AUGGCGCACCGGACGGACCUCGCAGCGGAAGCGCUCAACGUGGCAGCCAUCAUUGAGCGCAUAGUCCAGCUGCUCACCAACGUGCACAGCCACUUCUCGCGCAGCUCGAAGCGCAUAACUGCGCUCAAGCGGGUGGCGUCAGAGGCUGGCACUCGCGGCAACCGCAUGCUGAAGAACGUGGAGCCAAGGUGGAUUAGCAUCUAUCGGCCGCUAUGCCGUGUGCUCGAUGAGAGCGCUGCGCUGACGGCUUAUUUCGACCCGGAGCCGGAAGCGCUCAACGUGGCAGCCAUCAUUGAGCGCAUAGUCCAGCUGCUCACCAACGUGCACAGCCACUUCUCGCGCAGCUCGAAGCGCAUAACUGCGCUCAAGCGGGUGGCGUCAGAGGCUGGCACUCGCGGCAACCGCAUGCUGAAGAACGUGGAGCCAAGGUGGAUUAGCAUCUAUCGGCCGCUAUGCCGUGUGCUCGAUGAGAGCGCUGCGCUGACGGCUUAUUUCGACCCGGAGCGUGAGCGCCCUGCGGGAGAGGACGACCCUGACGCCAGGGCCAGCACCAUCUACGCCAAGCUCACUGAUUGUUGUAUCCUGUAA